UCUUGCUGGUGUAGGCUCCGAGAGCCAAAAGUAGUCUGGACUCCGCAGUUCUCCUUCAGAGAAAUAUUGAAAAGGAUUGACCAGUUUUGCAGUUCUAAAACGAUGGCCCAUGGUUUAGUGACAUUCAGAGAUGUGGCUAUAGACUUCUCACAGGAAGAAUGGGAAUUCCUGGACCAUGCUCAGAGGGACUUGUACAGAGAUGUAAUGUGGGAAAACUAUAGCAAUUUCCUCUCACUAGCAGGACCUUCUAUUGUUAAACCAAAUGUGAUUACCUUAUUGGAUGAAGAAGGGAAGGAACCCAGUUUGGUUGUGAAGGAAGGGACAAGAAGAUACUGCCCUGAUUUGGAAUCCAAAUACAAGAUCAAUACUUUAUCUCCAGAAAAGGACAUUUAUGAAAUAUGUUCAUUCCAGUGGGAGAUAAUGGAAAGAUUUAAAAAUUGUGGUCUUCAUGGCUCCAUUUUUAGAAAUGAUUGGGAAUGCAAAAGCAAGAUGGAGGGGCAAAAGGAACCACAAGAUGGAUAUUUUGGGCAAGUGAAAAUUACUUCUGAAAAAAUAACCACUUACAAAAAGCACAAUUUUCUUUCUGAAUAUCAGAGAAUUCAUAAUGGAGAAAAGAUAUAUGAAUGUAAGGAAUGUAGGAAGACAUUUAUUCGUCGCUCAACACUUAGUCAACACCUGAGAAUUCAUACUGGUGAAAAACCAUAUAAAUGUAAGGUAUGUGGGCAGGCCUUUAGACAGCGUGCACACCUUAUUCGACAUCACAAACUCCAUACUGGUGAGAAGCCAUAUGCAUGUAAGGAAUGUGGAAAAGCCUUUACAGUGCUCCAAGAACUUACUCAACAUCAGAGACUUCAUACUGGUGAAAAACCCUAUGAAUGUAAGGAAUGUGGAAAGGCCUUUAGAGUACAUCAGCAACUGGCUCGACAUCAAAGAAUUCACACUGGUGAGAAACCCUAUGAAUGUAAAGAAUGUGGGAAGACUUUCAGACAGUGUACACACCUUACUCGACAUCAGAGACUUCAUACUGCUGAAAAGCUCUAUGAAUGUAAAGAAUGUGGGAAAGCCUUUGUAUGUGGUCCAGAUCUUAGAGUACAUCAAAAAAUUCAUUUUGGUGAGAAACCCUAUGAAUGUAAGGAAUGUGGGAAGGCUUUUAGAAUAUGUCAACAACUUACUGUCCAUCAGAGUAUUCAUACUGGUGAGAAACCCUUUGAAUGUAAAGAAUGUGGGAAGACUUUUAGAUUAAGACAACAACUUGUUCGACAUCAAAGAAUUCAUACUCGUGAGAAACCUUAUGAAUGUAUGGAAUGUUGGAAGACUUUUAGUAGUUACUCACAACUUAUUUCACAUCAGAGCAUUCAUAUUGGUGAAAGACCCUAUGAAUGUGAAGAAUGUGGAAAGGCCUUUAGACUACUCUCACAACUUAGUCAACAUCAGAGUAUUCAUACUGGUGAGAAACCUUAUGAAUGUAAAGAAUGUAGAAAACCCUUUAGACUUCUGUCACAACUUACUCAACAUCAGAGUAUUCAUACUGGUGAAAAGCCUUAUGAAUGUAAGGAGUGUGGUAAGGCCUUUAGACUUUAUUCAUUUCUUACUCAACACCAGAGAAUUCAUACUGGUGAGAAACCCUACAAAUGUAAGGAAUGUAAGAAGGCCUUUAGACAACAUUCACACCUUACCCAACAUCAGAAGAUUCAUAAUGGAAUUUAGUACAAGAAAGCCUUCAAAUGUACGUUUAGUAUAAGAAAGCCUUCAAAUGUUACAGAAUAUCAGAAAGUUCAUUUUCAAGAAAAUUUGUUUCAUGCUUACAACCAAGCAUGAUAAAUUUUAUAUUAGAAAAAGAAUAUGUUGCUUAAAAGCUGACUAUCACCAUUCAUGUAUUGUUUAUCUUCAGCACAUUCCAAUGACAGAAUAAUGUAUAAAUAUAGGAACAUCUUUAGCCUUAUCUAUCAUUAUCUCCAUUUCACUACUUUAUUACCACUACAAUAUUGAAGAAGAUACUAAACUUCUGUGCCUCGUUUGCUCACUUGUAAAAUGGUGAUAAUAGUACUUACAUGUAUUAGUUAUUUAUUGUUAUGUAAUAAACUACAACAAACUUAGUAGCUUAAGAUAAUACGUAUUUAUUAUCUCAGUCUUUAGUAGAUCAAGAGUCCAGGCAUGACUUAAUUCAGUCUUCUGCUUCAGGGUCUCCCACAAGGCUAUAAUGCAUAUAUGAGCUGGGGUCUCAUCUGAAGGUUCAAAUGGGAAAGGAUCCACAUCUAAGCUAACAUGAUUCUUGUCUAAAUUUGUUUGCACAAGGGCCGUUACACUGAGAUCCUCAAUUUCAAGUUGGCUAUUGGUUGAAGACUGAGGGAAGUUCUUUGCCACAAUGGCUUCAAACAAUGGCUGCUUGCUUUUUCAAGGUAUGCAAGCUAAGAAGGCAGUAGCAUCUGCUAGCAAGACAGAAGUUACAAUCUUAUGUAAUAUAAUCAUGGAAUUAACAUCCCAUCACCUCUGCUAUCUUCUACUGGUGAAAAGUAAAUUAUUAGGUAGCCCACACUGAGUAGAAGAGAAUUACACAAGAAUGUGAAUACUAAUUGACCACUGAGGGCCAAUUUAGAGUCAGCUUACCACAAUGUGUAGUAGGUUUGUUGUAAGGAGUGAAUAGUUAAUACUUGGAAGAAUAGCAGUCACAUAGCAUGUAUUCUGUAAAUAUUAUCUAUAAUAGUUAUCAUUAGUAUUAGUAAGUCCACAUGAAAGAUCCUAUAGAAGUAAUAAAUGUAAAAAUGCUUAUUACCUCUCAGCACUUACUAAACUGAAGAUCAUUUAUUCUGGGUAAAAUCUAAGAGAUUAUAGUGAAUAUAAGGAGUUUUAAUCAUUGAACUUCAUCAGAAAUUUCAUGCUGAAAUGAAUGUGGUUAGGAGUACAACUGUUGAAGAAUCAAAUAUGAAAUUAUUUUCCUGUAAUUCAAAAGAAAAACAACAAAUUAUUUACAAUCCCUGUUCUGAUCACAGUUUAAGAUGAAUUAGAAACCCUCAAAAAGUGACAUAAAAGAAACUAAUCUUGGGACCAGCAGUUGGCGUAAUGGCUAUGUCAGUGGACUCCCAUGUAAUCAAUUG